AUGGAUUUGCCAAUUAAAAACUCCAAACUCAAGCUCAUUUACUUCAAUGUUCGCGGACGUGGAGAGUUGAUACGUUUUGUGCUCUACGCAGCUGAAAAGGACUUUGAGGACUCGCGCAUCCGCGACACCGACUGGCCGACGCUGAAGCCGAAGAUGCCCUUCCAGCAGUUGCCCGUGCUAGAAGUCACCCCACCGGGCGGUCAAACAGUCCAACUCACCGAGAGCCUGGCCAUCACGCGUCUGCUCGCACGCACCUUCAAUAUGUACGCCAACACGCCGGAGGAGAUCUACUUAAUCGAGCGAAUGAUUUCGUUGGCAGCCACCCUUCAAGAAGAGAUCUACGGUCUGCAUUUGAAGAGGGCAGGCGACGUCAAGAAGCUAAUUGAGAGUGACCAUCUGAUGGAGUACAUGGAUGCAAUUCAAAUGGCUCUUAAGGAGAAGAAAGGCAAUUUCGUAACAGGAGCCAAUGUCACCUUGGCUGACCUCCAGGUGGUAUUACUGGUCGACACAAUGGACAAAUUCCUUGGACACAUCGACCACGAGUGCAAACAAGGCCUGGCCGCAAUCAGAGCGGACGUGCUUAAGGCGAAGCCUAAACUCGCUAACUACCUUCGAACGCGUCCCAACACAGAAUUAUAA